GCUUUGUUGUCGUUUAGUCAAGCUGUUAUAGUGUUGGAAAACUUGAGCAAAUAUGCGUUGUGUUUGGCUGAUAUUGCUUGUGCUGGUUGCGUUGUCUAUCAACGAAAGCUCAGCGCAGCAUCGUUCUCCGUACGGAAAUUUGCACCCUCUUAACUUUGGCGAGGUACACUGCGGACCCGAUGUUUCACGUUAUUAUAAAGACGGCGCAGAAAUUAUCAACCUCGAUAAGGAAGUCCGAAACGAAAUAUCCCAAGGAUUGAGAAGGUCAAAGAGAUGGGCAACAGAUUUGAACGAAUGCGCCACCAACAACGGCGGAUGUAACCAGAUGUGCUGCAAUUCCUUUGGCGGUUUCUUCUGCAAGUGCAGGGAAGGAUUUCAUCUUCAAAGCGACCAACGAACUUGCGUGGACGACGAUGAAUGUUCCGAGCAUAAUGGAGGUUGUGCCCAUGUCUGUGUCAACACCGAGGGCGGUCAUUACUGUGAGUGCAAUGAAGGCUACAGGCUACACAUCGAUGACAAAACCUGCGUUCCUACUAACAUGUGUGAGAUCCGCAAUGGUGGCUGUGAGCAGAUAUGUGAAGCUCAGGGCACAAGUGGACGUUAUUCCUGCAGAUGUCAACGUGGUUACGUCAUUAACUCCAAUGGGAGAACCUGCGAUGUUGCUGACCCGUGCGAAACCAACAAUGGCGGCUGCAAUCAAAACUGCGUUGCUGUGGGAUUCGAGGCGCAGUGCACUUGCUUUGAAGGAUACGAACUUGAUGCGGACAACAGAACUUGCAUCGAUGUGAACGAAUGCCUCACGAACUUGGGUGGCUGCUCCCACAACUGCGUCAACACGAUCGGAUCUUAUACAUGCAUUUGCAACCCUGGUUACGAAUUGGGAAGGGACAGCCAAACGUGUUACAGAAUUGAAAUGGAAGUUAUCAAAUCUUGCUCGACAAUGAACGGCGGGUGCAUGCACACUUGUAAUGAAGACUUGGGCGUCAUAACGUGUUCGUGCAGCAGUGGUUUCCAGCUUGAGGCGGACAGCAAAAGUUGUACAGAUGUCGACGAAUGCUCCGAUGGCACGAAAUGUUGCGAUCAAGGCUGUUCCAACACACCGGGAGGAUACGAGUGCAGCUGCAGAUCAGGAUUUACCAUGUUAUCAGAUGGUUGUGGCUGCCAAGACAUCAAUGAAUGCUUGGACCUGAACGGCGGAUGCGACCAGCAGUGCGUAAAUAGUGUCGGUUCGUACGAGUGCGCAUGCGAUGGUGGGUUUGUGCUCAGCGCUGAUGGAAAACUCUGCGAACCUCUGCCUCCCGUCAUUGUCUUCCGCCCUCAGCCACAACCCGUCCACUCGCUAACCUUGAACGGAGGAGAACCAGAUCUUGCAGCUUUUGCUUUGGUAACCAGAUGCGAGCCUGGAAGAUUUGGUGCGGAUUGUAGAUUCACUUGCUCGGAUUGCCCACAAGGAAACUGUAACGAUGAUUUGGAUGGUUGUGAUUGCAGCGCUGGACAUCACGGCAUUGUUUGUAACGAAACUUGUGCCGAAGGAAGGUAUGGGCCGAACUGCCGAGAGCAAUGCAAUUGCCUGAACGAGGGGAAAUGCGACCCUGAAACUGGAGAAUGUAGAUGCAUGCCCGGUGUCACCGGAACUCGUUGCGAGAAUGGUUGUCCUCGAGGUAAAUUUGGUUCAAACUGCGAGAAAUUUUGCAACUGUCGGGGUGCGCGAUGCCACAAGACGUUCGGAAUUUGCUUUUGUGAGCCAGGGCGAUACGGUCGACGUUGUCACAAAGCAUGCCCACCUUGGUCGUUUGGUAUGAUCUGUAAGAACGAAUGCAGAUGCAACAAGAGACAUUCAUUCGGUUGCGACAAAGCGGACGGUACUUGCCACUGUAAACCAGGAUAUACUGGAAGAACAUGUACCUCUGCGUGUGCCGAGGGAACAUUCGGAGCGGAUUGUGCCGAGAGAUGUCGAUGCGAGGAUGGUGUCGGAUGCGACCACGUUACCGGUGCAUGCCAGAGAGAUUGCCCGCCAGGUUUCCGAGGCCAGAACUGCACGCAAGAAUGCAGUGCUGGCACAUGGGGCGUUGGUUGUUUGGAGAUUUGCUCUUGUGCGGCUGGAAGUCAAUGCGACAGAAUAACUGGAAGAUGCAUCUGUGGUCCAGGAAAAACUGGAAUUACUUGUGAAAAAACGAAUGUCCGGGCAAUACUUGGGGAUUGGGUUGCUCUCACACAUGCACAUGUUUGAAUAAUGGAGUCUGCAACAAAGAGACUGGAGAUUGCGAGUGUGCGCCUGGUUUUGUUGGAGUUCUCUGCGCAGACCGUUGCCGCAUUGGAAGAUACGGAAGGCAGUGCAGAAACAGGUGCAACUGUGGAAACGGCAUAUGUGAUCCAAUUGACGGAACUUGUCGUUGCAACCCUGGAUAUGCUGGACGAAACUGUCAGAAAACUUGCGGACUUGGAUUCUGGGGCCAGAAUUGCGCUGUACGAUGCGAUUGUGAAAACGGCGAACCUUGUGACCCAGUAACUGGCACAUGCAACUGUGCUUCUGGGUGGUUAGGAAGACGAUGCGACCAACGUUGUCCCGAGGGAUUCUAUGGACCACAAUGCCAACAGGAAUGCAUGUGUGUCAAUGGCGCCACUUGUGACCAUGUUAGUGGGGCAUGUACUUGUACCUCGGGGUGGAGAAACACUUUCUGCGACAGAGCUUGUCCUGAUGGCUAUUAUGGCCUGGACUGCGGGAAUACAUGCGCGUGCUGGAACGGUGCUCGGUGUAAUCAUAUUACAGGAGAUUGCUCAUGCCCUGCUGGCUGGGUUGGGGAUAGCUGCAGCGAAAGAUGCGGCGAAAACAGAUGGGGCGAAAAUUGUACGAACGUCUGCAACUGCGCGAACGGUGCGAGCUGUGAUCACGUGACCGGUAGAUGUAUCUGCGGCCUUGGGUUCACCGGUGCUAGAUGUGACCGAUCAUGUCCCGAAGGCUAUUUCGGGGCCAACUGCCAACGAAUGUGUACUUGUAGAAAUUCAAGAGGUUGUGAUCCAGUUACUGGGAGAUGUAACUGCGAACCUGGUUGGAUUGGAAUUGCAUGCGAACAAGAAUGCGGUGUUGGAACUUUCGGAGAUGGGUGCAGCGCUUCGUGCAAUUGCCACAACAAUGGUAUGUGUGACUUUGCCACAGGUGUAUGUAGAUGCACACCCGGUUGGCAAGGACCCAGUUGUCUUGAAGGUUGUCCGGACGGCUUUUUCGGCGAUAAAUGCAAAGAGAAAUGUAGUUGUGAGAAUGGUGUCGGGUGUGAUCACAUUACAGGAAGAUGCCUUUGCAACGCUGGCUGGAGAGGAUCGACUUGCUCCAGGCCUUGUUUAGCAGGACAAUUCGGGGAACGAUGUGAAAGCAAAUGUACUUGUGCGGCCGGAUUGCCUUGUCAUCACGUGACUGGUGCAUGCUCCUGCCCUACAGGUUUAACAGGCUCCAGUUGCCAGAACGUUUGCCCACCCGGCCGCUUUGGCGAUAACUGUGCGGAAACUUGCUCUUGUGGACGGAACUCUCAAUGUGAUCCACGCACCGGAGUGUGCUCAUGUGCCCCUGGCUACACUGGUGAAGAUUGCAACACACGCUGCCAGGAUGGUUUCUACGGAAGCAACUGUCGGUCAAUUUGUCUAUGUAGAAACGGCGGGACUUGUGAACCAAUCAGUGGCAGGUGCACAUGUCAACCUGGAUACACUGGAUCUACUUGUAACGAUGAAUGCCCUGUCGGAUUUUACGGAUCUGGCUGCAGCAGAGCUUGCGACUGUGGUUCAGGCGCGGUCUGCGAUAAGGUCACAGGGUCUUGUCCAACGGCCCCGACCUGCGACGCCGGUAAAAUGGGAAAUAAUUGUCAAUCAGUAUGCGAACCCGGCACAUGGGGUGUAAACUGCGCUAAUCAGUGCACCUGCUCGAACAACGGUGUUUGUAAUGCUGUAACAGGAAAUUGCUUGUGUGGCCUUGGAUGGACAGGCGCCAUGUGCGAUACAGAAUGCGUGUCAGGCACAUGGGGUCCAGACUGCAGCAUGGAAUGCUCGUGUAAUCUAAACGAAACAUGCGAUAGAUUUAACGGAUGGUGUCAUUGCUCGCCCGGCUACUUUGGUGUGGAAUGUCAGCUAAGUUGCCCGAAAGGAUUCUAUGGGGCCGGAUGCCGAAGUCAGUGCGAUUGUCAGAACUCGGUGAACUGUGACCCAGUGACUGGUCGUUGUCACUGCUCGACCGGGUGGCACGGUGCCCAGUGUGAAAACUCUUGCCCAACCGGGAAAUACGGAGCAAACUGCCUCAUGUCGUGCGAUUGCGGGUCUUCCAACAAAUGCGACUCCAUUUCUGGUGAAUGUAAAUGUCCAGCUGGAUACACCGGUCCAAAGUGUCAAAACGUGUGCAGCAGCGGACGUUAUGGACCUGGCUGCAGUUUGAACUGUAACUGCGAACAUGGAGGUGUCUGUGAUCCAAUGAACGGAUCAUGUACUUGUACCCUCGGUUGGACUGGUGCGAAGUGUCAACAAAAAGGUAUGUUUGCUCGUGUUCGUACUUCAAGCCGCACCCACCACCGUGCAAGAGUAUCCAACCGUCGCUCUCGACUCUCUGCUCUCCGUCGUCUCCGUGAGCGCACCCUAUCCACCUUCAGUCAAAUUAAACGUCGCCGUCAGUUGUUCACUCGCACCUAAUUAACUUAAUCAACAUCCCGCCGCAUUUUCAAGACAUUCGAACUUCAUCCAUUACCAUAAAGCGUCCGUUCAACACGUCAGCAAUCCGAAACUUUCUUGAGGUGUGAAAGGGCCGUAUAUUUGUCGACUUUUCGCGGCCAGCCUGUGCCUUCUUUUUCAUGUUUUUUUUUUAUAUAUAGUCAACAGUUUCACGAAUUGUGACAGUCACACUCGUUCAAUCGCUGUCACGUUAUAUAUUCUUUUUUUGUUCUACAGUGCUAGUAAUACGUAAAUUUGUAGCGUUUUUCUUCUCAGUGCGUGUCCACCGUGGUUCUGCGGGCCGCAUGUUGUUCCAAGUUCCCUUUAGUGCUUUUGAUUGCCAAAAUAUUCGAACCAUUCAAUCGUUUGUAAAGAAUUUCUGGGCUUCUGGCAGUUGGCAAACCUAUUUCUAUCUUGCGUGCUCUCCCAUUUUUAACUUGCCGUGUUUCCGUCGUAUACUUUGUUUUACCUACCGUAUACGAGCCAUCUGCGCAAGUUUAAAAGUAUUUAGAAAAUUAAACAUUAACAUAAUUUCCUUCCAAUUCUAAUCAGAUAUUUUAACGUUUAACGUUUUUGCUAUCUCAGAGAAAUGUUCCCUGUGUGUGACGUCACAUUUGGGGUUCGUUUAUUUUAUAUACCCGACGCGCCUGCUCCGUCGACCUGCUGUUCAGAAAUGUACUGUAAGAUAAGUGUUCCGUUUCGCAACAAUAAAAUUGCAAAUAAACGUAAUUCAGCAUGUUAA